GACAGCCGCACUACUUCGGCUUCCGUAGCUGAAAUGGUCCUUACUACACUUUCUUCCAGGAAUUUAUCGUUCAAUUAAUUUCCUUUCCACAACAAACGCAUAUUUUAACGCGAGUCAGGCAUAACUACACCCGAAAGGAAGGUGCAAAGGACUUAAAUACGUUUGUUCAGCUUUAGUCAAUCCGCUGUUAAGGACAUUUUUAACGUGAUCUGUCAUCGUUGAUAGUUAGCACGUACGCUACCAGAGUAUAACUCGUUAGCGGAGCAAAUAUCGCUUUAUUUGAUUGGGUUGAAGCUAAAACAGCGAUAACGAGAUCAGCUGAAAUGUAAACACUCGCGCAGCGAUCUUCACUGCGGUUGCAGACGACCUCACGACAGUUGUGUCGAAGUUGGAAAUACGGAAAUAACAGCCAUUUAUGGCCCACAUAAUAAUCAAUAAACUGCAUUUCAAGUGUUGAAUAUACCGUGCAUCGUCGCCUUGUUUUGAAAGAUAUUAAACUAUAUCGCUGUGCCCGCGCGCCUAUCAAACGUGGAGAUUAAUAUUUAGGUCGUGCAUGAAGAUUAGUGUUCACAGCAGGAUGUCAAAGGGAUUUGUGAGCUGAGAUAAUAACAAAAACAAAAAACAUGUCAUUCACCCUGUCAUAAAUUGCAAAGUUUCGCUUUAUAACAGAAACCCGUCGACUUUUGCUGUACAUGAAUUAGAUGUUUGUGCAUUGGAAGAGCGGGCUGUCAAAAUCACUUUACUGAUCAAAUACUGUAGAAGUCAGAGCCAUCAUGUCAGGAGACAGUAGUGGCAGUGGUGAAGACUCCGACCGGGAAACCAGCGGUAAAGUUUGCACCGUUAAACUCGAGAUCACUAAUGCAAACCUCACAGGAUACACUGAGAAAGUUGGCAUGGAGAACUUUGAACUUCUCAAAGUGCUUGGCACCGGAGCUUACGGGAAAGUUUUCCUGGUCAGAAAAAUCAGUGGCCAUGAUAAAGACAAACUCUACGCCAUGAAGGUUCUGAAGAAAGCAGCCAUUGUUCAGAAGGCAAAGACUGCUGAGCACACUAGAACAGAGCGACAGGUGCUGGAACACAUUCGCCAGUCACCCUUUCUGGUCACCCUCCAUUACGCCUUUCAGACGCAAACCAAACUGCAUCUCAUACUAGACUAUGUGAGUGGAGGAGAGAUGUUUACGCACCUGUAUCAGAGAGAUCAUUUCUCCGAGGAUGAGGUGAGGAUCUACGUGGGGGAAAUUAUUCUGGCCCUGGAGCACCUGCACAAGCUUGGCAUUGUGUACCGGGACAUUAAGCUGGAGAACAUCUUGUUGGACAGUGAUGGUCAUGUGGUUCUGACAGACUUUGGGCUGAGUAAGGAGUUUCUGGAAGAGGAGAAAGAGAGGACGUACUCGUUCUGUGGCACUAUAGAGUACAUGGCACCCGAGAUUAUCAGAGGGAAAUCUGGUCAUGGCAAGUCAGUGGAUUGGUGGAGUUUGGGGAUUCUGAUGUUUGAGCUGUUGACGGGAGCGUCUCCGUUUACUCUGGAAGGAGAGAGAAAUUCCCAGAGUGAGGUGUCCAAACGCAUCCUGCGCUGUGAGCCUCCAUUCCCCUCGAUCAUUGGGCCCUUGGCUCAGGAUCUCCUGCGAAAGUUACUUGUGAAAGACCCUCAUAAGAGAUUGGGCUCUGGUCCCCGAGGCGCCGAGGAUAUCAAAUGUCAUCCUUUCUUCAAGGGGUUAAACUGGUCGGACUUGGCAGAGAAAAAGGUUCAGAGCCCAUUCCGACCAGAGCUACGUAAUGAGUUGGAUGUGGGCAACUUUGCCGAGGAGUUUACAGGAAUGGAUCCGGUCUAUUCCCCUGCCAGCACACCACCUAGUACGGACCGUCUGUUUCAGGGCUACUCCUUUGUGGCUCCUUCUAUCUUGUUCAAUAAGAAUGUGGUUAUGGCGGAUGUUCUGGACGCUCAUGUGAAUGUUGACAGGCCUGGUUCUGCUAUUGUCCAGCGCAGUUCUAUGCUAAAGGACUCUCAGUUCUUUCAGCAUUAUGAGCUGUGCCUGCAGGGGGCGCCACUGGGCGAGGGCAGUUUUUCUGUCUGCAGGAAGUGCAGACACAGGCAGAGUGGCCAGGAAUACGCUGUGAAAAUCGUCAGCCGAAGGAUGGAGGCCAUGACUCAGAGAGAGGUCGCAGCACUCCGCCAGUGUGAAUCUCACCCGAACAUCGUCACACUCCACGAGGUCUAUACCGAUCAGUACCAUACGUAUCUGGUCAUGGAGCUGUUGCGUGGUGGCGAGCUGUUGGAGCGAAUAAGGAAAAAGAAGAUGUUUGCGGAAUGGGAGGCCAGUCAGCUGAUGAAGAGCCUGGUGUCAGCGGUCAGCUACAUGCAUGAGGCUGGAGUCGUACAUCGAGACCUCAAACCAGAGAACGUGCUGUUUGCUGAUGAGUCGGAUGACUCCGUGUUGAAGUUGAUUGAUUUUGGUUUUGCGCGGUUGUUUCCAGCGGGGAGCGGGAGUGCCCCCCUGCAGACCCCCUGCUUCACCCUGCAGUACGCCGCGCCUGAGCUCUUCCACAGCUCGGGAUAUGACCAGGCGUGCGACCUCUGGAGCCUCGGGGUGAUUUUGUACACCAUGCUCUCUGGUCAAGUUCCAUUCCAGAGUGAGAAAAAAGGCAUGACAUCGUCGCAUGCAGCUGCCAUCAUGCAUAAGAUCAAAGAGGGAGAUUUCUCAUUGGAAGGAGAAGCCUGGAAGGGUGUGUCCGAAGAGGCCAAAGAUCUAGUGAGAGGUUUGUUAACCGUAGAUCCUGAGCGACGGCUGAAGCUCUCGGCUCUGAAAGAGAACGCCUGGCUUCAGGGAGGUGGCGUCAUGUCCUCCACCCCUCUCUGCACCCCUGAUGUUCUGGAGUCCACCGGCCCGACUGUCCGUACCUAUGUCAAUGCCACCUACAAGGCGUUUAACCGGGGGAAGCGUGAGGGUUUUUUCCUUAAGAGUGUCGACAAUGCGCCGCUAGCAAAACGUCGGAAGAUGAAAAUGACUAGUACCGGUGUGGAGACAAGGCGCAGCUCAUCCUCUUCCUCAACUUCCUCCUCUUCCUCAUCCGCUUCCCAUUCCAAGACGCAGAAUAGCCAAUCUCUGAAUCCCCACGAGGGUCCUAAACUGUGACAGCUCCCGUUGAUCCCUCUGAUGUGGUGAGAGAAUGUGUUGCGAAGGCUUUGCAGGAUGAAAAAGACCUAUAGAAAA